AUGACUCCCCCUAAAGAAGAAAAUGAUCCAGUAGAAAAUGCUCUCAGAAAUUCUGAAACUGAAGAUUCAAAUGCCUGUACUGCCGAGAAAGAACUUUCACUUGCUGAUACCAACACAAAUUCUCAGAUAGAUAAUAGUCUAUCAAUCAGAGAUCUAAGUUCAUCAAGCUCCCAUGAGGAUACAGAUCCACAAGCAGCAAAAAAUUGUAAACAUGAAGAAGAGAAGACUCAAAUUGAUCCCCCACAUGAAGAACUAAUAGGAAACUCUCCUCCAUUUCAAAUACCUAUACCUAGAAAAUUGAUAAUUCCUAGGUUAAGAUUGUUUAGAAUUAUCUAUCUGAGUAUCCCAAUAUUACAAAUUGAUGAAAAGAAGCCCUUGGCUGAUAAAAUAGUAUUCUAUCCAGGGAAAGUGGAGAUGAAGAUAAGUAAUUACUGUCAUAACACCAUAUAUGCCAAAAUGCUGCUUCAACGUUUACAGUCUAGGAGAGUUCCAUUCUUUAACAAUUAUGAAAUAAAUAGAAUGAUUAUCCAACUAUUUUGUAGAAGACAUUUUUCUCACCCUGCAGGUCCUCAAAAUAACAUGAGGGUAAAGCAAAAAUAUACAGCUGUUCUUCAGUCAAAUGCUCCCAUUAAUGAUGACGAAAGGAACCUGUUUGGAAGACCUUUGAGAGCGUACUACUACCAUCCCCUCACUGAAAGAAUGGCAUUGGGAAACUCUUAUAAAUCAAAUCAAAAGAAGGAUGGUAACAACAUUUUUGUGAGACCCAUGCUCCACAUUCUGCAGGCCAAAAUACAGAAUGUUGUCCACAGAAAUACUUCUGAAAAUUAUUUGAAAACUCGCCAUAAAUUAAGGCUGGUGAUAGUAACCUCCAAUAAGAGCUGGAAAUAUUUCUGUGUCAUUUGUGGGUGUGCUUUCGACAGUUUUAGUGAUUUUAAACAGCAUUCCUGCAGAAUUAUUGGAAACUAA